CGUCAGUCGAAAUUUGCCAUUAUCCCAGUGAUACAAUUCAAAAAACCGCCGGUGUGUCAUAACACAGGAUCGAUGCUCAAUUGCAAGAGAACGAUUAGUGCCCUGGAUCCGAAGUAGAACCAGCUCCAGUGACAAGCUUAAGGUGGGAAAUCCAAGUUUGCAACCAUCGAAACACCGCCAUUUCAUCAUCUUAGCCGCUAUGACACAGCUGCGAAGUGUUCGGAACGUUCCAACUUUAAGGGUCCUAACAUUGUUAUUUCCAAAUACAUCAGUCGGUUGUCACUUCGCUCUCCCGACGCGCCCCAUACGUCACAGUACGGCUGAAGUUACAGGCAAAGUAGAGACGACACAUACCAGAAUUGGUAUAAAACCGUCGAGGAUCUCGCCUCGGGUGCAUGAGCUAGUCAACCAUGCCUUGGCGUGCGGAAUGAACUCUUCUGCGUCACUCCUGGGGGGCGAUCUUAGGGCGCACUAUGCAAGCCACAAACAUCCUGAUUGGACCGUCAGAGUCUACCGUUACAGGAACACUGAAGUUACGGCCGUGUCUGGUCACGACGAAGGGCGUAACAUCCACGUCAAUAAUUUCUUCCACAGAAUCCAGCAUGUCAAGUGGGCGCAAUUCUCCCAGCGCUAUACGCCAUUCUUGGAGGACCAGACGAGAUACUUUCAAGUGGUUGCAUAGCCUUGAAUGUUUAACGUUUAACCCUUGAAAUAGGGACAUUCAAAGUUGAGGACGCUGAGGUCGCCCAUGCCUAUGACUCUUUCGUACACAACGCAUCCUACCUAAAACGUAGUUUGCACAUUACCUGAUAUUGAACAUACACCCAAUUCAUUCCAACUCACCAAUUGCCCCACGUAGCGUGGCAUGGAGCACUUAUGG